GCCAGCCUAAACAAGUCGCGGGGCGCACGGGGACCGCACACAAUGCCGCCCGCCCCGGCCCGGCCGGGCCCGGCUCGGCCCCUACCCGGCCCCGCCGCGCGAGCGGCCGAGGAGCUGCGCGUCAGGCCGGCGCCGCGGGACCGCGCUCCCGGCUCGCCUCGGCUCGGCUCGGCUCGGCUCGGCCUGGGUCGGGUCGGGUCGGGUCGGGUCGGUUUGCUUUUCUCCCAGAGGGAGGGGGAAAAGAAAAAGAAAAAAAGCAAGCAAGAAAGAGCGUGGCUUUCCUUAAGGAGCAGGCAGCUCCUCAGGUGACCGAGCCCGCAGAGCCGCUGCCGUCCGCGGCGUGUCCAGCUGCCUGCUGGGGAGGGGACUCUGUCCGCGAGGUCGCCGGAGCGCUCCCAGGGGACUAACAGGUGCACCCCGCACCCGGCCUGGUGGCGUCGGGGCAGGGAAGUGCAGUCCGCUCUCGCUAGUUGGAGGCAAUCUCUGGAUCUGAGUCUGCUAAAAAUGACGGGAACCGAAGAUCGAAGCUGUGAAGAACACGCCUGGCAGGACGCAUUGUGUCGCCUGAGAUUAUCACCAUGAGGUGUAUAAGAUCUCAGAAUUCAGCAACGAUGUUAAUGGAGAGGCCAAAGAAACGCAACCCAUUUUUUUAGGAGAUGAAAGCAUGGAAAUUAAAAAACAAAUUACAGGGAUGAGAAGAUUACUGAAUGACAGCACUGGGAGGAUAUAUCAGCGUGUCGGCAAAGAAGGAGAAAAAUUAAAAGAAGAGCCCCAGGACUUGGAUCUAGUUUGGCCUCAGCGUUCAAACUCCUCUGCAGAGGCCCCUCAGAGCCUCCCCCCUCCCUCACGUGCGUGGAAUGAGCUAACACCUCACAGUGGGCAGUUCUCAGGGCAGUAUGGUACCCGUUCUCAGACCUUCCAGAGUCAGCCCCACACCACUGCAAGUUCCAACGGAGAACUUCCGGUGACGAAUUCAUCAGUUGGAUCAAACUGCUGUACUUGUAACUGCCAGUCAACAUUGCAGGCCAUUCUCCAAGAGCUCAAGACCAUGCGGAAACUAAUGCAGAUCCAAGCAGUUGGAACUCAAAACAGACAACAACCCCCAAUUUCCCUUAUAUGCUCCCAGCGAACUGCUGUCUCUCGCAAGAGAAAUAAAAAGAAAAAAGUGCCCCCAAAGCCAGCAGAACCUGCUACUGUGAAACAGAAGGCCGGUGUGGCAGAAGCGGAGAAGAAGCCAGCCGCGGGGGCCUUGGAGCAGCCUGCAGUCCACACCGCCGGGCAGGGCCCUGUCCUGGGAUUUGGCAUCGUACUCGAAUCACCUGCCUCAGAUCCAGAAGUGCAACUUGCUGAAGGCUUUGACGUGUUUAUGCCUAAAUCUCAGCUGGACUCUAUACUAUCAAACUACACUCGCUCAGGAAGCCUUCUGUUUAGAAAACUGGUGUGUGCGUUUUUUGAUGACAAGACUUUGGCUAAUUCCUUACCCAAUGGGAAGAGGAAAAGAGGACUGAAUGACAACCGGAAAGGACUAGACCAAAAUAUUGUGGGUGCAAUAAAAGUCUUCACUGAAAAGUACUGUACUGCUAACCAUGUGGACAAGCUCCCUGGCCCAAGAGACUGGGUACAGAUUCUCCAGGAUCAAAUUAAAUUGGCCAGAAGAAGGUUAAAAAGAGGCUCAGCAGAGGUAGCUGACGGUGAUGAAAGACUGGACAGUGUUUCUCUGCCACCAACAGAGAUGUUUCAGACGAGAAAACUGAGCACAGGGGAUGCUAGAGCGGCUGCAUGGAAUUGAAGAAGCUGCCAAGGAAUCUGAGAAUAGAAGGAACUUGAGAGAUCAUCGAAUCCAGUCCCUUCAUUUUCUCCAGUCCUUUUAUUUUACAGAGAAAAAAGCCUGAGGCCCAGAAACACUAAACAACUUUGCCAGGGUCUGGACUGUUGAAGCCUGGCCAGAGCCCAGGCCUGGGACUCCCUGCUGACAUGCCGUAGAGCUUUUUCACACCUACACCAAAGCCAGCUUCUCUCUGCAUGUUUCUUCAAGAUGCUCAGAGAUGGCGAUGUGCUGACCCCUCGCGUUUCAGGUCCCACAGUCUUCACGUUUACUAGGAUGUUCCUCGUCAGCCCACCCAAAGGCUGCUGCAGUGCAAGCUCUUUGAUUCAAGUCCUUUCUCAGAUUUUGUCCAGAGCCUUGAGGCAUAAUUAAGAAAGUGGUAGAAUGCACCUACUGGUCUUUUCACAAGACUACUGAUAGCUAUUUAAUAAAAAUCACUGAACAGCAUGACAGUGAAACUAUCAUUUUAGCAGAGAGAAAGAGUCACAAGUUGGUGCUCAGAUUCGGCAGUCGUAGAGUGGACUAGUCUUCUUGGUCCAGCAUGCCUCUCAAAGUAGAUCCCCAGGCUGGUUAGCUUUGAAUGCAGUGCUCUUGCUGGCCCUCCUGUUCUCGUGUCCUGGCGUGACUGGCCACACUUGAGCAUCCGUCCCCGUCCUGCACACACAGUCUCGGCUUGGCCUUGAGCCUCCUUGCUGCAGGAGCUGCUGGACUGGGAUGCCGACCUUCCUUGUUCCAUGACUGAGCAGGCCGGCCAUGUUUGUCCCCUGCAAAGAUUCAGCGGUACCUUUGUCACCAUUUUCUUGGGUUUUUUCUUCCAGUUUUGCAUGUGUGAGGCAGGGAAUAAGUAGAAACUCUGCUGCUGUGAGUCAGGUAGACAAAUAAUGUCCGUGUUGACCAACUGCAUUUAAGCACCUUUCUGUUAGUCUGCUUUUAACAAAGCUAGACCCAGAGUUCAUGGUGGAGAAGGAUAUUUUCUUAAUUUAUUCCGUUUUGGCCUUGUUGAUUGAGUCUUUUGAACUGCUAACAGGAAUCAGCCCCAUGUUGGGCUCAGUCGCUAAAGCGCCUGAGGCAAGUGGGAGAGGCAGGAAUGCUUCCUCCUCCCAGGCUGCUGCACAGAGGUAGAGGGAGGGCUGGGGAGAAAUCCUCCAAGGAUGGGGCAGCAAGCGUUAAACAAAGAGCCCAGAGGAAGUAACAUCCAAAGGUGCUCUCCAAACAGGUUAGAUGGGGAUUCUGGAGUUUGAAAUAGUGGGGUGAUAUUCCUUUGUGUUUAGCAGUUUGCAUCACAAAUUGGCAUUCUUUCACAUAUUUUUCUUUAAAAAAGUAUAAGGAAGAAGCAGCCAAUGUUGGAUGUUUGAUGUUUUUCCAGACUUUUCUUUAUAUUUUGUUUAUUGUGGUAAUGGAAAGCCUGUAUGUACGACUUUGUUUCCUGAAUUUUGGAGAUUUCUGCGUAAGAAGCACUUUUUCUUUUUGUUACAAAUCUUUGUACACAUUAUUAGCUGCAUGAUAAUCUGUUUUGCAGGUCAAUCAUAUUUUAUUUAACCCUUUUCUAUCACAACAUAUGGGCAUACUCAGCACGUACAGGGUUUCCUAUAAAGUAUGAUCAUUACUUAUUUCUAGUUCCUAAAACUGCUCAUUGAGCACAACUGACCUUUAGUCAAAAACUUGAUGACUUAAUUCUGCAAGACUGGCGCUUCCCAGGGAGCCCCCAAACUUUAUCCCAGCCUCAAUGGCAGGCGACCAACUGUCCUGGGGAGCUACCCCUUCCUUGUCCUGUCUGUGUUGCAGGUAAUACAUCUGACACCCGCAGAGAAAACAGAACACAGAACCCCUGGUUUUGUUGUGAGAUUUUCAUUUUUGUGAGCUCAUUAGCACGUGUAACUCUUGCCUUUGAACUUCAAAGGUGGAGAGAGCAUUUCCAGGGUCAAGCAGCAUAUGAGUGCUCUGGGAUGUUUACCUGUCAUGCUUGGAUAGUUUCAUGUGUUUUCUCUUUGUUGUGUGAUGAAUCAAGCCUCCAAUUUAGUAUAAGAUUUUUAAAAAUCAUUUUUAAAGUUGCUUUGUUACCCUUUAAAGUCCAGUGUUGAAUUAGGUGGUCGUCCAAGGCAAAGAAGCUGUUCUUUCCAUUUUUCUAUUCAUUUGCCACCUCGACGUCAAGUUUUGAAUCACAUGUAUUUUAAUGUAAAUUUCUUACCUGCAUCUAAAGAAGUAUGGCUCUUUCUAGGACUGAAGGUAUCUGAAAAGGCCACAAUUAAUUAGACUUAUUUUAGUGCAGAAGACGGAAAAGUUGUUUGAAGAGACAGGCAGCUCUGACAUGUUAGAGAGAAUCAUUGGUGACAUCAGUACCCCCGAAGAGCCACUGGUGAUGAAGCCAGUGGUGCAAACAAUGUAUGAAGUUGCAUUGGCCUGCUGACAAAACAACCCAUUAAAAGGGGAACGCCUGAGAGGGAGUUACCUGCUCGACCUGGACCCAGUUGGACGGACUGUUUCCCCCAGUGGUUUUCCAUUGGGUGUUGACCUGCCACAGUGUGCACGCUUCGAUUCCAGCUCCCUGGCGCACCUGCCCUCACUCUGUAUCCAACACAGGAAAGGCCGGGCUGACUGCAGACAUAGCUUGCCACGUGGCUGCUCAUUGUGCAUAAGUAUUUACUUUCAGAUUUCUUUCUCUCUGAAAUAGUACGCACCACUUUGAGAUACUGCAUCCUUACCUCAUUUACUGUACAAAGCAAGUUGCCCUGAAGCUUGGCACUUUACCUAAAGACCAGACCUUGGUGUGAAAGGCACUUGACUGUAGGUCCCCCAAACCCUAGGGUUUAAAGCCGCCAGGCAGGCAGUGUAACCCCUCUCCUGAGCACUCACUCCAACCUGUGAGAGCUGACAGUCACUGCAGAGGCUCUGCUGCCCACCCAGUCAGUGCCCGCUGGUGUGCUACUGCCCUGUCCAAGGUACUGUCCUACCAUGGGGACAGGAGGAGCUCCCAGCUAAUCAACUGAAGAUGCAUGAUACCCCAUAAUGUGAUGCACAGCUAGUCCCCUGUGGCGUAUGGAGUCAGUCUCACUGGAGGCAGCUACAGCUCGUGUGUGUGUGUGUGUGUGUGUGUGUGUGUGUGUGUGUGUGUCUUUUUUAAAGCUACAAGGAAGCUUCAGAGAAAUUGUUUCGGUAACAUCUUUUGGGUUGCCUUUCCCGUUUCCAGCCAGUCAGUAAGUCUUUUCCAGAAGCUGGUCUCCUUCUGCCAAGUGGUCUGACAAACUGGUAUUGCAAACCAGGGUUUUUGUUUUUCUGCAGCAUAUGCUCAAAAAUUCAUCUUCUGCCUUCCUGAAUGAAAUCUUCCUUAAGGGAAUAGGAAAGAUUAAUUAGUGACCUUUCACUCAAUUAAGCUAUGAGGAAUAUGUUGCUACCAAAGGUGGAAACAUUUCCUUGUAACUGCAGAUCUCUUAAAUGUGCACCACGAACCUUCAAAAGCACUUCCUUCCAAGGCUGUGUGACAGCUUGGAGUUUUCAAUACUUCAGGAGGGGUAGGGACUCUGCUACUCACAGAUGUGUGCAAUGGAUUCUCAAAUUGGAAAUGCAUAUCAAAUCUGCAACCAUAAAAUCAUAUUUUGUAAAUUCAAAUUGCAUUUGUGUUAAGUUACUGUGACUACUGUUGAGACUUUGUUCAGAAAUCCUUUUUAUAGGCUUUCUUAGCAAAAGUAAAAUUCCAUAUCUAUGGGUAACAUCUCAAUCUUCUGUACAUAUGUUUUAUUAAUAUGUAAAUAUCUAGAUUUUUAAAAAUUACUAUGUUCUUUAAAAAAGAAUUCCACACCAGGCUAGCUGUGGAAGUGGUGAAUAACAUUGUGUUGUGAUAUCAACUCCCAAGAUGCUCUUUAAGUCCGUUCUGAAAGAACACAAUAAAUUACUUUAAUUGAA